AUGGCCGCUGCCACUGCCGUGACUGGCGCCGCCUUUGGCGCCGCCUUUGUCGCGUCCGGUGUCUAUCUGCCCGCCGUCAUCCUCGACCAGCUCAAGUGGGAGAACUGCCACAUGCUCCAGGCUUUCCUGACAGCCACGGCCGCCAGCGCCAUUAUCACGACAACGGCCCAGAAGAUCAACUACACCAAGUUCUCUCCACGCUCAUACGCCGACCGCGGCUGGUUCGCGCCCUACGACGGCAAUGUGGUCGGUGGUCUGGCGCUCGGUGCCGGCAUGGCCUUGUCCGGCGCGUGCCCCGGCACUGUGCUGGCCCAGGUGGCCCUGGGCAUCCGCUCCGGAUACUAUGCCCUCGGCGGUGGGCUCCUCGGCGGCACAGUCUGGGCGGCCAUUCUGCGGCCACGGAUCGACAGCGCAAAGAAGGCCCGCUUGGCCAAGACCGAGAAGCCCACGCCGUCGCCGCCCGUUACCAUCCAGGCCUUGGCUGGCGUCUCCACGGCCACGGCUCUCGUGGGCCUCGAGGUCACGUUCGCCGCCAUUGUCGGUGCCUCCCUGGCCACCUACGGCCCCGGCCCGGACGCCAAGAUCUCACCCGUCGUCGGCGGCCUGAUCAUUGGACUCGUGCAGCUGUUCUCCGUCGCCGCGCGCAAGUCCUUGCUGGGCGUCUCGACUGUCUACGAGGACGUCGGCGACUGGCUGCUGUACUAUGCGACGUCGUCCUCCUCCGACAAGACGAAGAACGACGAUGCGGCGGCGCCCAAGAAGAUCCCUGCCGUCAACUCCAUUACCCUUUCGCUCGCCAUCUACGCCGGCGCCUGGGCGUUUGCGCUGCUCGCGCCCCAAUUUGGCGUGUCGCCGUCGUCAGUCGCCGCGUCCAGUGCCAUCUCGCCGGCGACGGCUGCCCUGGGCGGCUUCACCAUGGCCAUCGGCUCGCGCGUUGCCGGCGGCUGCACGUCCGGUCACGGCAUCAGCGGCAUGUCGCUGUUUUCGAUAUCCAGCUACAUCACCAUGGCCUCAGCCUUUGUUGGUGGCGGUCUGGUCGCUCUUCUUUUGUAG